AUGAUUGUAUUCUGUUUCUUCAGCUUCGCGCUUCUUCGCAUUCUACUUUGUGAGUCUAUUCUCUUCGUUCUUUCGUUCUUUCGUUCUUUUCUUUUUAUCCCCUCCCUUUCUCCCUUUCUCAUCCUGUCUCCCUUUUUCAUCCUUACUUAUCCUUUCUCCCUUUCUCAUCCUUACUUAUCCUUUCUCCCUUUUUCAUUCACUUCUCCCGUUAGUCACUUUCUAUCAGAUUCGCAAUUCUCAAUUCUCUUCAGUUGCAUUCGCCUUAUUCAUUUCUUCUUCAUUUCUUCUUCAUUUCUUCUUCUUCAUUUCUUCUUCUUCAUUUCUUCUUCUUCAUUUCUUCUUCAUUUCUUCUUCAUUUCUUCUUUACUGCACCUAUAUCCCUUACAUCACCAAACUGUCCGUUUGUGCAUUAUUCCUAGUUACUUUGGUCACCAUUGCGGUGUCCGCGGCUCGUCAGCCUCCUCGUCUGAGCUUCCCAGAUCCAAAUCCGGCAAGUCGUCAUCUAUCUCUGGUUUGGACACAGAAAAGAGCUUUCCCUCUUCCAUGAUUAUUUGGUUUUGGUACAUUCCCCUCAAUGCCUCAGGCACCUCGGAUCCGUCGAGUUGCACCCCAACCCGCUGGAAAUCAAUGGCAUAA